AUGUUUGCAUCACAUUCACAAUGCACAUCCCCAUCAUCCCGCGACGGGGCGCUCUACAUCCCCAUGACUGCCAUAAGCGGGUGGAUGGACCCUCACCCCGUCGUCCCCUCGGCCAAUGCUAGCCUGGCUGCUGACGUCAUUGCCAACGUGGCAGCUGACGUGGCGAAGAGUGAGGGCGUUCCCAGCGAGCCCCUCCUGGGCGCGUCGUGGAGCCCCGACGGCAUAAAGUACCUUCUGGCGCUCUGCUCCACUGGCGGGGUGAGUAGCGCACUGCUCCACUGGCAAGAGAAAAGUGCCACUGUGCCACCAUGCCCAUGUCUAACCACGUCUUUUUCCGCUCCACUCUCCUCUUUAUUCACCUCUCCAUGCGCCCGUGUCUGCGUGCUCCAUGCGCUCCGCUCCACUGACGAGAUGUCCAACCAUCUCUUCUGUCUGCGAGAGUUCACUCUGCUGGCAGGCGCUCUCAACCAAACGAUCGUGGUGCCCACGGGGCCUCACGAGCUGGCCAUGCCUGUCUCCCUCGUGUUUGACGUGCCCUUCCUGUGUGCCUGCUAUGGUCCCAAGACCGCCCUCAAUCUGGACGAGUACAAGCAGUUCGUAAGUGCUGUGCUGUAG